UAUCAUUGCAAAUCAACACAACCGUUGUCCAAACCAUAAGGUGUUACCGUUUUAUUUAUUCAGGUUUUCGUGUUUAUUGCUGUCAGGUGUAUUUAGCCAGGACCCUAGUAGAGCCUAACAUCCACAACCUACCAAGUUUCAUACAGAAUGAAUUCUGUGGGUUCUGAGCCAUGGGUCACGAAGGAAAUAGGUUAUUCUGAAAAGAUCCGAAAGGAAAAAGGCAAGGAAUUUGCCUUCCUGGUCUCAGAGACUAUGGAUUGGCUAAAUGAACAUAUGUCUGAAAUAUCUAAAUUGCAAUUUGAAACAGAUUUCUAUUCAUUAGUGAAAACUCCUAGUCGCUUCAAAGCGAAGUAUGGAACUCCUGCACUGAGUCCUGUCAGAAGAUGUAUGCUUCCUACCCCGAAACAGCUCCUCGCGUCUUUUCAGCAACAAGAUGAGAGUGUAGAAAGUGAGGAACACAUGCUUGUUCCGUCGGAUCCAGCAGCUUUGAAGAAUCAUCAAGUUCACGAUUCAUCAGACUCUUUACUAGACAUCAUCGACAACGGUGCAGCUCAGCAUGCGAAGGAACAUGAGAAGGAAGAGGAAGAGGAAGAAGUGAAGAGAGAGUCUGCUCUGUCUGAAGAUUCAGUAACUCUAGUGAAACAAUUGACGAAGCAAGAAUCGACAUCAGCUGAAAAAGAUGACGCAAAGGACAAUUCGACCACUUCAAAGGGAAAUGAGCUACAACUUUUUAAGGAAAAAAGUCACGACAGUGCUGACGAAGUCAAGGUCAAGAAAGAAAAAGCACCAAAAUCACCUGUGAGCCGUCAUCUCUUUUCCGAUAAGAUUUUAGGUGCUAAGAGGGGCAUCGUAAAGCCAUUGAUUGAAAAAUUCAACAAAAUAAGAUUACCGGCAAAGCGGAAAUCGGAAGUGCUUUUGGAGGAUGAGGAUGAGAGCAAAAGUUUGAAGGAAAACAAGCGUACUGUUACUCAUAAACCUCAAGACAUCGAGGCAGAUCCAGAAACCAUUGCCGCCGUUGCGGAUUUGACUUCUGCAAAUGUUAAGGACGAAUUAUCGUCUAGCAGUGCUAGAACAUCUCAUGUAACUCGGCCUUUCAUGAAACGAAUGUUAUCAUCACCUACUAAGCAAGACCGAACCUCCCCUGUUCGUCGCCAAACAACUACGAUAACCACGCCUCGUAGUGAACGGACACGCGUAUUAGGUGCAUUGACUAACCGAAAGACUUCACAUGCACCAUUGACGCCAAAGAUAUCAGCUCCCGUUGAUGCAGUUUUAAAUGCCGUCAGAAAUUCUGCUGCCAAGGAUUUCCAACUUGCGAAACAGAAGAUGGGAUCACUUACGCCGUCUCAAGUGUCUCGUAGUCCAGAACGUCACACUACGGUUAUUAAUGAACUUCCCAAGAUACCAGUUAUGCCUACCUACUCGAAAUUAUCCACACAACAAACGCAUCAACGUUUAAAGAUACGUGGCAAGAAAAACUCGAAUCCCUUUGCCGAUGAAGAUACGAACGAAUCGUCUUCCUCGUCUCCAGCAAAGUCAUCUUCUGGCAAAACUCAAGAGAAAAAUACCACAGCAUUAACUGAGCGAUUAGAGAACGCAGCAAAGAGCAAGUCUGCCGAUGAAUCUGCUGCUCGACCAUCUUCAACUGUCUCAGAGGCCGGUUUACUCUCUCGUUAUGACUUACGAAAACCUGUUUCCCGUAUGACCUCAAACUCUUCCAAACCCGUGGCUAUUCGUAUUGCAACGGCAUCUCAGCGUGAGUUGGGCAACAAUGAGAAGCGUAAAGCGAAGCCUACGUCUUCGCUACAGAAUAAUCAACAACACCAACCGGUUGAAAGCAUGAGUACGUCUAUUGCUGCAGAAACGAAUGAUGCGAGCACACACCAAAAUGAAUCAACUGUUCGUCGAACGCUUCCUAGUCGACAAAUGAAAACGCUGUCGUCAACAAAAGCAGCAAAAUUGCGUGACGGUAAAGAUCAUUCCACGGCAUCCUCAUCUGCAUCUUUUAAACACGAAUCUAAGGCACGUUCGGGGAAGGAUCAUACGGGAAAGCAUCCUGAAGACGCUAAAUCGGAUGCCCCAUCUCGUAUUACUACGUCUGUUUCUAAUACAACAUCAUCUUGGCAAUCUAAAUUAAGCAAGCGUGCUGAAGAAGCUUUGCGAAAAAGAAAAAUGAUGACCGAUGAUAUUGGUAAAUCCAAGCUGGUCUUGAAACCCAAUUUAACCCGUGUUGCUUCAAAAUAUUCGGGAGCACCUACACGCGAACUGCCAGAAGACAAGUCAAUUGGUUUGCAUAACGGUACACUGAAGAAGACAGGGUCUGACAACUCGUUGGCAUCUCGGGCUUUACCUGCUGGCGGUAGCGUUGGCGCCCCAAAGCUUCAAAAAAUCUAUGAGAACCAGGAAGCAAAGCAUACCACAAACGCACAAUUGUCAAACUAUCACAGUAAGGUGAACAUGCAUCUUGGAUCAUCUUCUCUUCUUGCACAAAGCGUUUUACGAAAUGCAAAGAAACGCUCCUCGCACGAUAAUAAUGGUUCUAAUAAUCAUUUAUUAAAAACCCCGGAAGCAAACAUACGCUCUUUUGGUUCAAAACACACCGGCUCUUCUGGUAAGCAUCAUCGUUCACCUGCCGAAUCGACGUCUCCUCUUAUUCCCAGUGAAGCAAUUGAACUUCCAGAGAUUGAUAGUGACUACUCAGACAGCAGUGACGAUGAUGAACAGAAGCGAAAGCAAAAGUUGAACCUUCCAUCUUGGGCAGAAUCACCUGAACUUCGUGAACAACUUCGGCGCCAACAAAAAUUGGAUCCGGACAAAAUUUUUGGAACCAUUAAACCUCCGGAGAUUGAGGAACUUUUUAAUUCAAAGGACCGACCCAGAUCUCGCUUUCGUCCUCGUAGUUCAUCUGCUGACUGGUCUUCACAGGAUCGUUUGACUCAAGCGGAAAUCGAGCAAUACAAGAAGCAAAUGGGGUAUCUAUAAUAAUGAGUUAUGACUGCAUAGAAACCACAUUUUUUAAUGAAAUUAUUAUCCCUUUGUUUUGAUUUAACCUUAUACAA